GCGGUGCCGGCGAUUAGAGCCUCGCUGGGUGUUCAGGGGCCAAGAUGGCGGCGCGCCGGGGACGGAGAGACGGAGUCGCGCCGCCCCCAAGUGGGGGCCCCGGGCCAGACCCAGGCGGUGGGGUCCGCGGCAGCGGUUGGGGGAGUCGGAGCCAAGCAUCGUAUGGGACCGUGAGUGCUGUGAGCGGCGGGGAGCAGGUGCUGCUGCAUGAGGAGGGGGAUGAUUCUAGCUUUGUCAGUCUGUCUCGUCUGGGCCCAUCUCUGAGGGACAAGGACCCGGAAAUGGAGGAGCUAAUGCUGCAGGAUGAGACACUGUUGGGGACCAUGCAGAGCUACGUGGAUGCCUCCCUCAUCUCCCUCAUCGAGGAUUUUGGGAGCCUUGGAGAAAGCAGAUUAUCUCUGGAGGACCAGAAUGAAGUGUCGCUGCUCACAGCUCUGACGGAGAUCUUGGACAAUGCAGAUUCCGAGAACCUGUCUCCAUUUGACAACAUUCCUGACUCAGAGCUGCUUGUGUCACCUCGGGAGGGCUCCUCUCUGCACAAGCUGUUCACUCUGUCUCGGACACCCCCAGAACAUGACCUCAUCACCCCAGUUGACCCAUUGGGGCCCAACACAGUCAGUAGUAGAGUGAGUGGGGUUGAGAUGUCUCUUGUAGAUCCCCCUUGGGACUUCUCCCCACCCUCCUUCUUGGAGAUCUCUCCCCCCAAGCUUCCUAGCUGGAGACCCACAAGAUCGAGACCACGCUGGGGCCAAUCCCCUCCUCCCCAGCAGCGCAGUGAUGGAGAAGAGGAGGAGGAUGUGGCCAUCGUCAGUGGCCAAAUGCUUGGUGGGGAGCUUGACAACUGCGUGAGCAGCACUCCAGACUUUCCCAUGCACCUCGCCUGCCCCGAGGAGGAAGAUAAGGCAACAGCAGCUGAGAUGACAGUGCCAGCAGCUGGCGAUGAGAGCAUCUCCUCCCUGAGUGAGCUGGUGCGGGCCAUGCACCCGUACUGCCUGCCCAACCUCACCAACUUGGCAUCACUCGAGGAUGAGCUUCAGGAACAGCCAGAUGAUUUGACACUGCCUGAGGGUUGUGUGGUGCUGGAGAUUGUAGGGCAGGCGGCUACAGCUGGUGAUGACCUGGAGAUCCCAGUUGUCGUGCGGCAGAUCCCUUCUGGACCCCAGCCUGUGCUCCUGGAUGACUCACUGGAGGCUAGUCCUACCUUGCAGCUGCUUAUGCCCACAUUGGAGUCAGAGACAGAGGCUGCUGUGCCCAAGGUAACCCUUUGCCCUGAGAAAGAGGGGAUGUCGUUGGAUUCAGAGGAAAAGCUGCACUCAUCUUGUUUACUGGAGCCCAGGGAAGUCAUGGAGCCAAUGGGGGCUAAAGGACCUCAGAACCCACCUGCCAAUGCAGUGCUGGGUUCCCAGAGAGCUCGAAAGGGCAGGAGGAAGAAGAUCAAGGAGCAGCCAGCAGCUUGUGCGGAAGGCUAUGCCAGGAGGCUGAGGUCAUCCUCUCGGCAGUCUACUGUGGCUACAGAAGCAAACUCUCAGGCAGGCAACUUGCAGAAACAGCCUCAGGGAGAACUUCAAAGAGAGGUUGGGCCUUCCCAGGGUCAAGGGAAACCCCGAUCUUGGGCUCAGGCCUGGGCUGCUGCCUUGGAGAAGCCUAGCUCUGGGAACUUAGUGAGAAGUGCUGGACAAGGUAGCCCUGCUAAAGAAGGUCCUCUAGACCUCUACCCCAAGCUGGCUGACACUAUCCAAGCCAACUCUGUUUCAGCCCACCUCUCAUUGGUUGACUCUGCUCAAGCUGACCCCAUGCCAGUUGACUCUGUUGAAGCUGACCUCACUGAAGCUGACCCCGUUGUAGCUGACCCUAUACCUGUUGACCCUGCGUUGGUUGAACUUGCUUCAGCGAGCUCAGAGCUGGUUGACCCUCUCCCAGCUGACCCAGUGCUCAUUAACCCAGUCCUGGCUGAGUCGGUAGCAGUUGACCCUGCUGUCAUUGUUCCCAUCUCAAAUAACUUGCCACCAGUUGAUGCUGUCCCAGCCAACCCGGCACCAGUCGACGUAGCACCAGUUGACCUUGUUCCUGAUGACCUGGUUCUAGCUGACCCUGUGCUGGUUAAGUCUAGACCAACUGAUCCCAGGCGUGGUGCAGUGUCAUCAGCCCAGGGGAGUCUAGUGCCUCAGCUCCUCCAGGAGUCAGAGUCCUCAUACCCCCCAAAAGCCAUCAUCCCUGAAGUCAAGGAGGUUGUGGGUCCUCUGAAGGUGGAAAGUAGUAUCAAUGCCACGACCCAGGAAGUCAGACCUCGGCCUCUCAGCCUGUCUGAGUACCGGCGUCGAAGGCAGCAACGCCAAGCAGAGGCAGAAGAGAGGAGUCCCCAGCCCCCGUCUGGGAAGUGGCCCAGCCUCCCAGAGACCCCCACACGGCUGGCAGACAUCCCUUGUCUUGUCAUCCCUCCAGCCCCAGCCAAGAAGACAGCUGUGCAGAGAAGCCCUGACGCUCCCCCUGAGGCUUGCUUUGUGUCUGUGGAUCUCAGUCCUGCUUCUCCUAGUCCUGAGCCACCUGCAAGCAAACCUAUGGCCUUUACUCCCACUGAGCAGGUGCCAUCCCAAGAGAUGCCACUGCCAGCGAAACCUCCCCCUCCUACUUUGCAGUCCAUGUCCCCUGUUGGGCCCAUGCCUCCCACAAUGCCCACUGCUCUGCCUUUCCCCCCAGGUGGGCUGGGCAUUUCCCCUAUGCUGCCCCUUCCUGCAAGUGGUCAAGGGGUCCCUAGUCUGCCUCCGCCUCCCUUGCAGACUUCUAGUCUUCCAAUGUCAGUGCGGCCAGUGCCACACGAUCGUUAUACUCACUAUGCUCCCAUGCCACCCUGGCCUUGUUAUCCCCCUGUGUCCCCUUCUGGCUAUCCUUGCCUACCCCCUCCACCAAUGGUACCCCUAGUGUCUGGUAGUCCUGGCACCUAUGCUGUACCCCCCACUUGCAAUGUGCCUUGGGUACCCCCUCCUGCCCCAGUCUCACCUUACAGCUCUAGCUGUACUUAUGGGCCUUUGGGAUGGGGCCCAGGGCCGCAACACCCUCCAUUCUGGUCUACUGUUCCCCCACCUCCAUUAUCUGCAGCCUCUGGGAGAGCUGUUCCCCCACCCAAGGUGGAGCCCAGUGGCAUUCCAGCUGGCCCUCCUGAAAAUGUACUUCCUGUGCCAAUGGCGCCUCCCCUUAGUCUUGGGCCAGCUGGCCAGGGAGCUCCACAGAUAGAGCCCACCAAGGUGGAAGUCAAGCCAGUGCCUGCAUCUCCCCAUCUGAAACACAAAGUGUCCUCCCUGGUGCAAAGCUCCCGGAUCAAGGCUAUACCAUGUCUGUCUGCUGAGGAUGUGUCUGUGGAGGAGCCUACGUCAGAGAGGCUAAAGCUUGAGACCCAGGAGACCAGGCCCAGGGAGAAGCCCCCCUCUCCUACUACCAAGGGUGUUCCCACACCAAGGCAGAGUACUGUCCCCAAGCUGCCUACUGUCCACCCAGCUCGUCUAAGGAAGCUCUCUCUCCUGCCUACCCCACGUACCCAGGGUCCUGAAGACAUGGUACAGGCUUUCAUUAGCGAGAUUGGAAUUGAGGCGUCGGACCUAUCCAGUCUGCUGGAGCAGUUUGAGAAAUCAGAAGCCAAAAAGGAGUAUCCUCCCCCAGCUCCUGGUGACAGCUUGGCUGUAGGAAACUCAGGCAGCGUUGACACUCCCCAGGAGAAGAGGCCCCUAGACCGGUUACAAGCCCCAGAACUGGCCAACGUGGCAGGGCUCACCCCUCCAGCUACCCCUCCCCACCAGUUAUGGAAGCCCCUGGCUGCUGUCUCACUGCUGGCCAAAGCCAAAUCUCCUAAAUCCACCGCCCAGGAGGGAGCCCUGAAGCCUGAAGGAGUUACAGAGGCCAAACAUCCAGCUGCAGCCUGCCUCCAAGAAGGAGUCCAUGGCCCUAGUCCAGUCCAUGUGGGCUCUGGGGACCAUGACUAUUGUGUCCGGAGCAGGACCCCCCCAAAAAAGACACCUGCCCUAGUCAUUCCAGAGAUGGGUUCCCGGUGGAACAUCAAACGCCAUCAGGAUAUCACCAUCAAACCCGUCUUGUCCCUGGGCCCAUCCACCCCUCUGCCCUCAUUCACAGCUUCCUCCCAGGAGCCACUUGAUCACAGGACUAGCAAUGAGCAGGCAGAUCCCUCAGUGCCUUGCCUUGCCCCAUCUGUCUUGCUGUCCCCUGAGGUCUCACCCUGCCGGAAUGACACGAAUAUUAGGAUUCCCCCUGAGCCCUCAGCCAAGCAGAGGUCAGUGCGCUGUUACCGAAAAGCCUGCAGGUCAGCCAGCCCCCCAAGCCGGGGAUGGCAGGGCCACCGUAGCCGCAGCAGCCGUUCUGUCAGCUCUGGGUCCAACCGGACUAGUGAAGCGUCUUCCUCCUCAUCCUCAUCGUCGUCUUCCUCAUCCCGAUCCCGGUCCAGGUCCCUCUCUCCCCCACACAAGAGGUGGCGAAGGUCCAGCUGCAGUUCCUCUGGACGUUCCCGAAGAUGCUCUUCCUCUUCUUCCUCCUCAUCUUCCUCCUCAUCUUCCUCAUCCUCAUCCAGUUCCAGAAGCCGUUCGCGAUCCCCAUCUCCCCGCUGGAGAAGUGACAGGAGGAGGAGGUACAGCUCUUAUCGUUCACAUGACCAUUACCAAAGGCAGAGAGUGCUGCAGAAGGAGCGUGCAAUAGAAGAGAGACGGGUGGUCUUCAUUGGGAAGAUACCUGGCCGCAUGACUCGGUCAGAGCUGAAACAGAGGUUCUCUGUUUUUGGAGAGAUUGAGGAGUGCACCAUUCAUUUCCGUGUUCAAGGUGACAACUACGGCUUCGUCACUUACCGCUAUGCUGAGGAGGCAUUUGCAGCCAUUGAGAGUGGCCACAAGCUGCGGCAAGCAGAUGAGCAGCCUUUUGAUCUUUGCUUUGGGGGCCGCAGGCAGUUCUGCAAGAGGAGCUAUUCUGAUCUUGACUCCAACCGGGAGGACUUUGACCCUGCUCCUGUAAAGAGCAAAUUUGAUUCUCUUGACUUUGACACAUUGUUGAAACAGGCCCAGAAGAACCUCCGGAGGUAACCCUGGGCCCUCCCCCUGCCCUUUUUUCUUUGGAGGUGCCCAAACUCCUCCACCCCUCUCCCCCACUCUAGGGGAGAGAGCUGCUAGUGAGGAGAUGACUGUUUUAUAAAGAAAUGGAAAAAAGUGAAAUAAAAAAUGUGUUAAAUCAGAUUUUUUAAAAGGGUAUUUGUUUUUUAUAACAGGUAUUGAAACAAGUUAACUUGUAUUCCUAUGUAAGAUGGGUGGGGCGAAGGGGUUCCCCCAAGUGUUUGGAACAUCUAAGUCACUAUGUGGACUAAUAAACAUAGACUACAGAGAAUUCCCAA